AUGUCGCGCCGUAAGAUCCGCAGUGCCGCCGAAGAGACCCUGACUCCUCCCGACUCUCUGGCUCCCGGUCAGUUGAUCGCUCGCGUCGUCCAGACCCACGGCAAAGACCUCUAUACUGUCCAGGCCCCCGACUCGUCCACCUUUCUCGUCGAACUCGAAGCCCGUUUCAGAGCCACCAUCUUCGUCAAGCGCGGCGGCUAUGUUCUGGUCGAUACCACCACCACAGCUGACCGUGACAACAAGAUCCGGGGGGAAAUCGUGAAUAUCGUAGGCGACGAAAAAGCCUGGAGGAAACAACCGUUCUGGCCGCAACAGUUCGUCAAGAAGACCACAUUGGCAGACAGUGACGACGAUGACUCGCGUGUGGGGAAGCUGCCGCCCUCGGACAGUGAGGACGAAAGUGGGUGA